CGCUACAUAGCUUCAUAAGAGGUUGUACAGGCGGAAAUAGGAAUAUUCUAAGAAUAAUUCGGUUGAAUUCUUAAUCAGAAAAUUUUGUGCGAAAUUUCAAUCACUAAGGUGCAUAGAAUAAAGAUUUCUCAUUAUUUUAUUACUCAUUUGACUGUCAAUUAAGUCCAAGCUUGUUCUCAAAGUUAGCAAAUAGUAAAAGAUGGGCAUCGACUAUUACGGAAUCCUCCAGAUACCCCGAACCAGCACAAGUCUAGAUAUAAAAAAAGCGUACCGGGGAUUGGCUUUAGAAUUUCAUCCCGAACGUCUGAAACAGCCCAAUGCCAAAGAAGUGUUCAGCCUGAUUUGCGAAGCGUACGAUGUUUUGGGCGACCCUUAUCGACGCGCGAUAUUCGACCAAUAUGGCGAGGAAGGAUUGAAGGCGGGGGUUCCCACGAAGGACGAGUUCAUCCAUCCUUACCACUAUCAUGGUGAUCCGCUUCUGACGUACCGAGAGUUCUUCGGCACUGACUCUCCAUACGCGGAUCUUCUUGAUUAUCUGAAAAAUCCCCCCGCCAUCUACGAAACCAGCGAGAACAAGGCGGUAAAAGAGAAAAAACCGCCAAUCAAACACCCUCUAGUGCUCAGUCUGCACGAGAUAUUCUUCGGAGGGGUCAAAAAGAUGAAAAUUCACAGAUUGACUUUUGUGGAUGAGAAACAGACCAGAACGGAGGUGACGGAGAAGAUUCUCUCGAUACCAAUAAAACCUGGCAUGAGGCCUGGCACCGAGAUCGUAUUUUUCGAGGAGGGAGAUCAGCAUCCUGCCUACGAACCAGCCGAUGUGAUCUUCAUAACAGAAGACAAGGAACACGAAACAUUCAUUCGGGAUGGUAAUGAUUUGGUAAUGGUGGUCGAAAUCACCUUAGAAGAAGCUUUGCUUGGGACGACUGUUACUGUUAAUACCAUAGAUCACAGAACGAUAAGAGUACCAAUUACCGAUGUGAUUGACAACGACUAUGAAAAAAUAGUGGAAGGAGAAGGCAUGCCCAUCUUGGAAAAGUAUCCGGAAAAGGGAGAUCUGCGGAUUAGGUUCAAGAUUUGUUUCCCGACUUAUUUACCGAAAGCUAGCAGAGAACUGCUUUCUAAAGGGUUUCAUCUGGCCAAACUAGGAGGUGGAUGCAGACAACAUGAAACCAUCAACAAAUUGGUGUUGGCCGAUAAAAUGUUCCGAGUUGGACCGGAAGAAAGGUUGCCUCCUGUUUAGGAGGAUCUCGAAUUUGUUUGUUUGUUAAUAUUCUGAAUAAAUUGAAGUUUAUGAAAUA